UCCGCCGGCUGUCAAAUUGCCAGCAGCUUACUCACUGACACUCCGCUGCAUCACGCUGGCCCGUGUAUUUCCGCUGUAACUACUACGAACGUUAAAAUUCAACCUUGGAGCGCUGCUAGUCGCGGCCGUAGAGAUCUUUGCUGUUUGCUAAUGUGGCGAUAAAUUUACCUCAGAGUUAAAAGGAGGAACGCUCUUCGGAAUGUUUAGAGGCGCCUAGUUAGAACGUUUUCUAAACAGUUAAAAGUGCUAUGCGGAAACAAACUGUUUCCGGCUUAUGACACAUACUAGCUGUGCACAGAAUUGGUGCGUCAGCGUAUUGAACUGGAUACAUAUUUUAUGGGGAUUUAACAACGGAUUUCAUAGCGAUUUGAUUGAGUGUGAUGGCCAGUAUUUAUCCCAAGUUACAGGAAAGUAUGGAGUACGUCGGCCGAGGUCCCAGUAAUGCCGGCAAAUUGGAGAUCAACUUUGAUCAGUACAAAUAUCGUAAAGAUGUCGAACUGGAACAUCGUUGGAUGGGUGUUUUUCAAGAGAUGGAUUAUGACAAAGAUGGCAAAGUGAGAAUCCGCGAUCUGCGUGAUCGUCUCCGGCGAGCUGACCGGAAGUUGGCCAUACCUGAGCACAUUCGCGAUGAUUUGCUGAGGCGGGCGGACAUGAACAAAGACGGCUAUUACGAAUUCCAUGAGUUCCUACAUCUGAUCGAAUUAGUGGACAGUCAUGCCCAUUUGGAUAAAUUCCACAAAGCGUUGGCAUUGGCCUCCUAUGUUGUGGUACCGGAAUCCGAACGUCCCCAGUAUGUGGAAUCGGAACUGAAGCACUACACGUGCUGUCCACCGCCCAUCUUCCUCAUCCUGGUGUCGGCGGCGGAGUUAGCCAUUGCCCUGUAUUACCACUUCACUACUCCGAAGGGUAUGAGCGACAUGUCGGUCACCAUCAGAAAGGACUAUUUGCCUUAUAAUCCCAACCGGCGCAAAGAAGCCUGGCGCUUGUUAUCCUAUAUGCUGGUGCAUGCCGGGUGGUACCAUUUGAUUGUCAACCUCGUGGUACAGGUGGUACUGGGAAUUCCUCUGGAACUGGUGCAUAAAUAUUGGAGAGUCGGAAUUGUCUAUCUGUUGGGCGUGAUUGCCGGCGCCUUAGGAACGUCGGUUACCGAUCCUAAUGUGUUCCUGGUGGGUGCUUCCGGUGGAGUGUAUGCACUGCUAGCCGCUCACCUCGCCAGUAUGAUUAUCAAUUGGAAAGAAAUGGAGUAUGCCUGGAUCCGGUUGAUCUUCUGGAUUGUCUUGAUGGGCAGUGAUAUUGGUGUAUUUAUUUAUUACCGGCAUUUCUACGAUGGCAAAGACAAGCCGAUGAUUGGCUAUUCAGCGCACUUUUGCGGAGCAAUAUGCGGAUUGUUAUUGGGAGUGGUUUGUCUGAAAAAUUUGAAUAAACUGGCGUGGGAGCGGGUAAUAUGGUGGAUUUGCCUAGUGUUAACCAUUCUGCUGUUUGUCUUCGCUAUUUUGUGGAACAUCUUCUGGACGGGAUUUCCUGUGCAGCAUGUAUAAUGGGAUUUCCUGUGCAGCCACAUUUGUGUGAAUUGUUAAUGUUUUUGUACUACUGCACAAUAAAUCAAUGCUAUUGCUUUCCCCGUUUUUUAUACUUUUUAUUUGUGCACUCAGCUUGAAAUGAUGUUUAUACGCAGCAAGUGUUUUUAACAACCAGCGAGAUCAAUAAAACUGUAACGACCAGGAAAUUGCAAAACAAA